AUGUCAAAACUUUUCGAUCCCCACGGCCUGCUUGCACCAACCAUUCUGAUAGCGAAACUCCUGAUGCAGCAACUUUGGCAAGCGAAUGUGGGAUGGAAGGACCCGAUUCCGCAGGAGCAGCUUCGAACCUGGAACCGAUUUCGAUCUGAGAUAAGCUGCCUGAACUCGCUGCGGAUCAAUCGGCGAAUCACUGUUGACGAUGCGGUUGAUGUGGAGAUGCACGGGUACGCCGACGCGUCCAAGGUGGCGUACGGGUGCUCGAUAUACCUGAAAAGCUUCAAGCGAGACGGAACGACGGAGAUGCAGCUGAUCUGCGGGAAGUCGCGUGUCGCGCCAAUGAAGGAGCUGCAGCGGAAUGAGAAGCAGGAUGCAACGCCUGACGAGCAGACGAUUCCGCGGCUUGAGCUGUGUGCUGCGUUGUUGCUAGCCGAAAUCCUUGAAAAAGUGCGCGAAACCUUAGCAAUACCUAUCGAAAAGGUUAAGCUCUGGUCCGACUCGAAGAUAGUGCUGUGUUGGUUGAAACGAAUGAAGCCUGGUACGCCAGUGUUCGUGCAAAAUCGUGUGAAGAAGAUCCUGAAGCUGUUUCCUGCUCACAUGUGGCACUACAUCUCGACGCUGCACAACCCUGCGGAUUUGGUGUCGCGUGGGGUCUUUCCGGCAGAAUUGAUCCACUGCGAUGGUUGGUGGUUCGGUCCCGUUGAGCACGCUGAACCGUGGCAGCAGAACUGCGAAGCGGAAUUGGAACCGGAAGAACACGGGGAACCUCUCCAGGUUGUCGCUGCAGUUCUACCCAACGAGCCGAAGAAACAGCUGGACCCAUACGACGUGAUUUUGGAACAAAGCGACUAUCGCAGACUGCAGCGUGUUUUUGCGCACUUGACUCGCUUCAUCUUCAACUGCCGAUCGAAGCAGAACAAGGUUGCGCGUAGAACGGGACGACUUGGCGGCCGAGACUUCGGUGAGGCGCAACGAGCAAUGGUGAGUGUUGUGCAGCAAUUUGUCUACAAGGAUGAGAUCGAUUGCAUUCAGAAGAACCGUGCCGUCAAGGGAAAGCUGCGAAACCUGAACCCGAUAUACGACAAAGACGACAAGCUGCUCCGUGUCGGCGGUCGUAUAAGAAAUUCGGAUCUGCCCAAGGACCAGAAACACCCAAUGAUCCUGCCGGAAAACAAUCACUUCACGGAGAUCCUUAUCAAAGCUCUGCAUAAGGAACAUCUCCACGUUGGACUCAACGGACUGCUUGCGGUCAUCCGACGACGGUUCUGGCCAGUAAACGCUAAACGAACCAUCCACCGGGUCCUGAAAGGGUGCGUAGACUGCUUCCGGGUGAACCCAACGGACGUCCAGCAGUACAUGGGUGACCUGCCGAGCUGCCGAGUGACCGCUUCCCAACCGUUUGCCAGGACUGGAAUGGAUUAUGCCGGGCCGUUCUACGUCAAAGUGGGACAGUUGGUGGGCUCCCUGACGACGGAAGGAUUCCUGGCAGCUCUACAGCGAUUUGUGAACCGACGAGGGACGCCGUCCGAACUAUAUUCUGAUAACGGAACAAACUUUCGAGGAGGAAAUCGAGAGCUGUCAGAAUUAGUCGAGUUGCUGCGAUCCCAGAUUCUGCAGAAGAAGGUGGAUGCAUUUUGCCAGCCGAGGGGAAUCACCUGGAACUUUAACCCCCCCAAGGCACCCCACCAAGGAGGCAUUUGGGAAGCGAACGUGAAGUGCAUGAAGUCGCACCUGUGCAAGACCUUGACUGAGAGCUACCUGACCUUUGAAGAACUGAACACCCUGCUCAUCCAGGUAGAAGGAAUCCUCAACUCAAGGCCCCUUGUGCAGCUGACGGACGACCCUUUGACUACGAAGCACUGA